UCUUGAUAUAUAUUUUUUAAUGAUAAAUUGCGAUAAAAAAAACUUUAGGUGCAUGGUGGCCGGCUUAGUAUAUACCACCCUUGUAUGUUUUCUUUUGAUUCACAGAAAUUUUUGGUUAAUCACAGUUUAUUGCCAGCUUAGUACAAUUCUUCAUACCAUGUGUAGCUUUAGUAUGCAUUUAUUGUUAUAAAAGUAACUCGAAGAUUGUAACAUUGAUGAUAAUAAUUUGCGAUCCUUUGAUAAAUACAUGCUGAUAUGUGAUACUGAUCAACUAUUUAUAUUUCUAUUAUAAAUGAUGAUUGCAACAUAUGUGAUACUGAUCAACUAUUUCAAGAACCAGAAGUUUAUGGGCUAAAGUAUUAAUCGUGUUUGGUCGGAGACUCGGAGCGGUGGGUAGGUUAAGAAUUUUUACUUAACGAUCUCUGCCGAGCUAAUGUAUCAACUUUUUUGGUAAAAACUAAUGUAUCAACUUAUCAUUUAACUUUCAUAAAAGAGACGGACACUUGCCAACAACUAUACUUGAUUCACAUAAAUAAGUAAAAAACAGAAAAUAGGAAAAACCUAUACACUUCACGACGAUAACAAAUGACCUUGUUUGGGUAAUCUAUGAUCAUAACAUUUCAACAACACUAAUCAUCGUUCAUUAAUGCAAUUACCAAGUCUCUCGUAGUCUUACUUUCACACGCUAAUCACAAAGAUGAAAAAAAACAAGCACGAAGCUUCUUUUAUCUAUCCACCUAAAAGCCUAACGUGAUUCACAAAGCGUUGUUCAACUAAUGUUCCACUGACCAACCAUUGAAGCUUAGUUAAAUGUUUACUGUCCACUCAACAGGCUGCGAAAAACAACAUUAUAUUAAAGGGAACAACAAUACACAAUUUUUAGUGUUUGUUAAGGAAAAGUAAUACAAGAAUUAGAAAGAUGGUUCGGAUUUCCACUUUAUACCUCAUUAUUAUCAUUUCGGUAUUCUCUGAUUUUUUCGCAAGUCGCACGGCUAUUUCAAAAAGCAUUCUCCAACAUGAUGCCGAUGGUGUCAAGAUUCGAGCAACCGUAACUGUUAGCAAGAAUGGGUUUGGGAAUUUCAGUAGAAUCAAUGACGCGGUUGCAAUGGCUCCAAAUAAUAGUAACGGAGAUGAAGGUUUUUUUCAUAUAAAGAUAAUGGAGGGAGAAUAUGAAGAAUAUAUAAAUAUCGAUCAGAAUAAGAGAUAUUUGAUGAUGAGCGGCGCCGGUAUUAACCGGACAAUCAUCACCGGAAACCAUAGCUAUGAGGAUGGAUGGGGAAUAGAUGUCUCAGCCACAUUUAUUGCAUCAGGCUCACAUUUUAUCUGCAAACAUUUGACCAUUCGAAACACGGCUGGACCCACAAAGGGACAAGCUUUGGCAUUGAUGUGCAGCGGGGACUUAUCCGUUUUCUACAAUUGCAGUAUCGAAGGAUACCAGGAUACUUUGUGGGUCCGCAGUGGCAAACAAUUCUAUCGAGAAUGUGACGUAUAUGGUACAAUCGAUUUUAUAUUCGGUAAUGCUGUGGUUGUAUUGCAGAAAUGCAACUUGUAUGCACGUCGACCAAGCAAAGGCAAUGGUAACGAGAUUACAGCACAAGGUCGUACCAACCCAAAAGACCAAUCCGGAAUUGUAAUCCAAGGAUGUGCGAUAAAACCAACACACGAUCUCGCAAGGAGCAACUAUACGGUUAAAACAUAUCUUGGUCGGCCGUGGAAAAAUUAUUCGAGGACGAUUAUCAUGCAAACAUACAUCGAUGGAUUUAUUGAACCAGCUGGUUGGGAUAAAUCUUCUGGUGAGGCACUGAGAACGCUCUACUUUGCUGAAUACAACAAUUAUGGAACCGGUUCAAACACCACAAACCGUGUCACUUGGCCUAGUUACCACAUCAUCAGUGCCACUAUUGCUUCGAAUUUCACGGUUUCUAGUUUUAUUGACGGCGAUAGUUGGAUUCCACAAACCAAGGUUCCUUACAUUGGUGGUUUAGUUCCGUAAGGUAUCUAUUAUAUAAAUCAUAUGCUGAUGUGUGACUUAAAAAGUUUAAAUCCUGGUGAAAGGAUAUCUAAUUAUUGGUGUAAUAAAAACAAUGGUCAAUGGAAGAUGAAGUGAAAAAGUACUAUUAAUUCAAAUUCCUAUUUAAUUUAUUAUUAAUAUUUAUCAAAUCGCAUAUUUUAACAGUUUAAAGGUUUCUUUAAUUUUUUAUUCAAUACGAUAUAUGUAGUUACAUACACAUUCCUGUUUUUUUUUGUUAUUUAAACAAAAAAAAAGUAGUUACAUACACAUCCAUCACGUAUUAAACAAAACAUGAGGAAUCACAGUUUAAUUUAAUACUUGUAUCGUCACGUUUAUUAUGAUACUACGAUAGGCUUCUCCUCCAAUAAUAUAUGUCUCACAAAUUUCUAAGUAACUCUAAUUAUUUUGUAGAACUAGACUUUUCUGAUUAUGGUUCUACCGGCCGGUGCCGAGCGAAGCCUUCUAAAGGCGCAGGCAAGGUUAAAAUUUACUUUACAUUUUUAAUAGUGUUUAUAAUCUAAACACUAUUAAGAAGCAAUAUAUUUUUUGGUAAAAAAUGAUUUAAGGCAUUUCUUAGAAUUAAUUAUUUAAUUUACUUAGAACAUAAUAAACUUAACUAAAAAUAUUUAAUAAAACUAAAAUAAGGUGCCUGGAAAUUCAAGUAUGUAAGAUUUUAGUUUGAUUAACCAUAAAUAUUUAUUGUUAUUAAGGGCCUCAAAAUAUUAUAGGAAGGUCAUGAUUUACUUGCAAUAACUAUUAUAAUCUGGAGAAGUGAAUCGAGCGUUUAGUGGUUACUCCUAUUAGAGUUUGUGUCUCAUGGAAACAUGUCCAAUAAACUCAGUCAAAAAAUAAAAUAAAAUGAUAUCUAUGAGGUAAGGAUAAAAUGACUGAAUGAAGUGAGAAAGAGAGAGGAAAGAAACCAGAAGUAAGACUGUUUAUAUGAUCUAAACCUGAAUGGGUAAGAAUCAUGAGCGGAGGUAGUAAGGUGGUAGGGGGGUCAGCUGACCCCACCUAAAUAAAAAAUUUAUGUGUUUUUUUUGUAUAAAUUUUGAUUGUGACCCCAGCAUAAAUUUUUAACUGAUCCCACAAAUAAAAAAAACGCGAAAGACAAAAUAAUCAAAGAAUUAUUUUAAGUUAUUUUUGGGCUUACUUUAUUUUGGAGUCAGUUUUAAUUUGAAUCCACUUUAAUAUGAAUCCACAAAUCACUAUCUAAAAUGUCAACAAAUCUUUUACGUUGAUUGUUUUAUUUUUUUGCUAUUCGUUUUCAUAUAUUUUACUUUUCAUUACAAAAAGACAAGUAAAACUUGUUUACGUUCUAAUUUACUUUAGUAUACGUAGGUCAUAUUUUGUGUUUAUAUCAAGUUAGAUAUGACAUGAUUUAAACUCAUUGAAAAUUUAAGAUCUAUAUUUGUAAUUUAUGUAUUUAAAUAUGUAAUUUAGUUUGUUAUUCUUAAUAGAUAAUGCAUCUGUUCCCAAAAUACAAAUAUUAAAAAUGUUAGAAAUUAUAACGAUGUUUUUAAUGAUGUUUGGUUUUUAGGUGGUUGUAUUUAUUGUUUAUUCAAAUAAAAUCUAAAUAUUAUAAAAAAUGGUGAUACAAUUAAAGAUUAGAUGAAUUGUAAUGUAGGUUAAUUUUUUUAGAAAUAUGAAAAAUUUUGUUUUGACCCCACUAAAAAAAAUUUAUGGCUCCGCCACUGGUAAGAAUUCAUGUGCUGAUCGAUACUCCCUCAAUGAGACCACAUGCUUUAAUCUUAAAAGAGGUCAGUGAUGGUGAAUUUAGCUAUGGACUGAAAAAGAUUAGGUUGCUAAUUCUAGGCAGAGUACAUGAAAGUACCUUCGAAGGUUGGUGCUCUUUGAUGUGGCUUGCAACUAGCAAUGCUAAGAUGAUGUUCUGAAGGAUAUAUGAGUUCCAAAUGUUUUGUUUGCGGACCUAAGUCUGGGAAGUUGAUAAAUGGUGUUUUUGCAUGUUUAUAACCUUUGUUUUGAGUCGAUUGUCGAGUCAUAGUAUGUAUUUUUUAAUAUUUUAUCAGUUUUUUCAGGUUAUAGGUCGAGUUGGAACAGAAGGAAUUGAAUUGAGUGUAGAAUAGUUGUUAAAGAUGCAGAACUAUGUAGAUUCGUCUGAAGUUUAGCAAUGGAUGGAAGGCUUGCCAUACUGAAAUUAACUCAAAUUUUGUCACAGUAUAGAUUAUUGAUUUAGCUUUCCAAUUUUACUGGUUUAAGGUCGUUCCAUUUGUGUUAUGCGUGUGUUACUGAAGAGUAGUCUAUCUGCCGGUUGAAUAAAAAAUGCUAAUAAAUGUUUAUUCAAAAUUGCUGUCAAUGAGAUCCUACUUUAUUUCUUACCGCAGUUAUAUUCUAGCUGGUCGUAAUUUUCUUGUUUGAUAGGCAGACACACCGAGUUUCCAGAUUUGAUCACACAGCUGCUACACAUUCCGAUCGUUACCUCUUUAUUUUGGUGGUUGCUCACAUUAUGUCUUCUUCAGUGAUCUUCAUAUCCUUUUUAUGGAAUUUUCGAUGACAUUCAACUCAGUUGCCAUUCUAUAUAAUUGAAUGUCUCAGGUAAAAAUAGCAGUGCUGCAGAAACCAUUGGAGUCAGGACAACCCAUUGAAAAUGAAGUUGAGAUGCUUAGAAGACAGAAGUCAGCAUGUGAUGAAGGAAAAUAUUGGACUGUGAAAAAGCAAUGCUCGGGUGGUGUGUGGGGUUGGAUUGAUAGGUAGAUGCCAAAGUAUUCGGCUUAUGCUAAUACAUAGAUUUGAAGAUGCUCACCUCUGAAUCCAACAGAGACAGAAUCACAGAAUCACACAUUGGUUAGGUUGGAGGAUAUAAUUUAUUUCUUGUCUAUUACAAAGAUGGCAAAGAUUCAUAAUUAAUUUGUUUGUGCGAAUUUUUAUUUUCCUAUAUUAAAGUUACUAGAGAAUUUACAUUUGGCUGAUAACUUCUGUUUUUAACAUAUUAAACCCCAUUUUCCUACAUAACUAAUAGAGAACGCAGUCUCGUAUUUAUUCUUUAGUACAAGUAUAAGCGUACAACUGAAAAUUAUUGAUUAAAAAUACUAAGCUAAGCCUUGAGAAUUGGUAAGAUACUGACGUUUAUCGCAAAUAUAUUGGUGAAAAGCUAUGAAGGUACCUCAGAUUUUAUUGUCUCUUCUGAUUAUUCCAAAUUAUUCACACGUCUUGUCGUCUAUUACGCUUUGUACAUGUGUGAAUGAUGCAAUCUUUUUCUUGGUUUAGUUUAAGUCAUUAUUUAGCAUAUACUUAAUUAAUUUCAGUUUAAAUGAUUUUCGGUUUUCAAUAACCGGUUAAGUGGAAUUUGAUUAAUCUGUGACCAAAAAAUCUAUCAAAUUAUAAUUAAAUCUGUGGUGAAAGUAUAAAAAAUCUACCAAAUUGAUAUUAAUCUGUCAAAAUAAAGUAAAUAUGUAGUCAAAGGAUAAUAAAUCUAUCAAAUCCAUAUUAAAUCUGUUAAAAUAAGUAAGUUUGUGGUCAAAUGAAAAUCAGUUGAAAUCCAAAUGAAUCUGUCAAAAAUACAUGGUCAAAAGAUAAUAAAUCUAUCAAAUCAAUUUUAAAUCUAACAUAAUUCUCACUAGAAAAAGAAAGAUAAUCUGCAUGUUUUAAAAUAUAUCAUAUAUUGAUUACCGAAGACAAAAAAAUAUUUAAAAUUUAAUAUAAAUCAUGCAACUAAACUGACGAGUCAAUGAUGGUAACGAUAUAUGUAUAUAUAUAUAUAUAUAUAUACACAUAGUUCAGGGUCUAAAAUAACAAAUCACUAAGAAAGCUAAAGAGAGAGAAAAGCAAAGAGAUAUAAAUGGGGGUGUGUUUCAGAAACAAAAUUUGGGUUGCUCUUUUUGUUGUGAUUUUUUUUAUCUCUUCAUCAGCGAGAUUAAGUUUGGCUGUUACAAAAGCUGAGAUCAAUACCAUAUGUACGGGUACACCGAAUCCCUCAUUUUGUUUUAAGCUCUUCAAAUCGGAUCCACAUAUUACAAAUCUAAAUCUGACUGGUUUGGUCAAGGUUUUGAUUAAAUAUGCGCAUGAUGAAUCCUUAGACACAGAGAAAAUAAUACAACUUCAUGCGGAAAGCAUCAAAGAUCCUUUUAUUAAAAAACAAUAUAGCUUAUGCUCCAACAAUUUUGAAUAUACACUUGUGCCAUUUGAUUCAGCUCUCAAGUAUUUAGCAGCCAAGGAUCCUCAUAGCUUAAAUGUCAAUAUCGCAGCAGCGAUGACUUUCGCAGAAACUUGUAAAGACGUUUUUGAAGAAUUUCAUAUCAAACUCGAUCCUCAAAUAUUGAUGAAGAUUAAUGAUUUUCAAGAUUUAUGCAGUAUUCCAUUGAUGAUUUCCACCAUGUUACCAAAAUAAUAGCUAAUAUAUUGUACCCGACAAUCCAUAUUGGAAUUAAGUUUAAUAAAAAUAUAGAUCGCUAUGAAUUUUUCUAUGCAACUAUAUUUACUUCUU